AUGGAAGGUAAUUCUGAAUUCACCAAUAUAAAACGUAAUUACUACAAAAGUCAUCAUUAUAGGAGCUUCUGGAGUGGGAAAGACUGCACUUAUUCACAAAUUAACUGGUAAUGAAGAUAUUUUUCCAACAGUUGGGCUUGAGUAUACACCUUUUCAGGUAAAAAUGAAUAAUGAGAAAACUAUUUGUUUCCAAAUCUGAGAUAUGUCAGGAAAUGAAAAAUAUAAAGAUAUUACUACCCCGUAUUGGUAAUUUAGAUUAUUGAAAAGGCCUGAUUUUUGUUUGCUUGUGCUUGACUUAUCUUCUAGAAAAAGUUUUGAAGAGCUUGACAGAUGAUAUAAUUUAUUAAAAGAAAAUUCUGAAGGAAAUUUUACAAGCUAUUUAUUAGGAAAUAAAGCUGAUUUAGAGAGAGAAAUUUCAGAAGAAGAAAUAAAUGAAUGAGCAAGACCUAGAAAUAUUGAAUAUUUUGAAACUUCAGCUAUUUGAAAGAAAAACAAAAGCGAAGAAUUCCAGCUUGGAAUCGAGCCAAUUUUUCAGAAAAUUGGUCAAAACUGUCCAAAAAAUAACACCUACAAUGGACUUCCCUUAAAAAUAAUUAGACCACUUAAAACUUUACACCCUAGAAAACACAACUGCUUUUGCUGUUAA